CGUGCGUCGAGGUCUGGGUUGAUUGCGGCAUUCUAGCGUCUCCGAGGGACACUACAGGCUGCGUUUUGGCACCUGUCUCGUUCUCUUUGCUGGCCUCAGCGCGUCUGAGCGAGCGUAGUGACUAGAAUUUCUUGCACAAAGCUACACAAUUUUUGGGAUAAUUGUUUUUGGGUCAGCAGGCAUCAUGUUGGCGAGGGGUUUGGGGCGGAGGCUUCCCACACUCACCCGCCUCGUGCAAUCCGCGGAGGGUUCCCCUGGUGCUCUCUUGGAUGUGAGCAGCUGCGUGAGGGAGGGUCGUGGUAAAGAUGGAGCCGUGGUUCCGUCCAGCUCUAACUUGCUCAGCCGAUUCGGGCACUUUUCCCGCGGAUUUGCCUCAGACGCCUUAGCAGGUACAGCUUCAGGAACUGCCACUAUGCCAGCUACACAAAUGGCACUCAAGAAUAUAUCCAACGAGAUCACAUACGAUGAGCACACACAUGAACGAUGUGCUCCAGGAGAUCCUAGCAAGAAAGCUUUUGCUUACCUGGUUCUCACAGGCGGGCGUUUCAUCUAUGCUUCAGCUCUGCGAAUCUUGGCGCUGAAGCUGAUUCUGUCCAUGUCAGCCAGUCGUGACGUUCUUGCUCUGGCGUCAUUGGAGGUGGACAUCAGCAGCAUCGAGCCCGGAUCGACGGUGACUGUGAAGUGGAGAGGCAAGCCCGUGUUUGUGCGGCAUAGGACUGAGGCAGACAUCAAACUGGCGAACUCAACUCCAUUGAACGAGCUUCGGGAUCCCGAGGACGACGCCGCAAGGGUCCUGAACCCGGAGUGGUUAGUGGUGGUGGGCGUGUGCACCCACUUAGGAUGCGUGCCUUUGCCGAAUGCAGGAGAUUAUGGAGGCUGGUUCUGUCCAUGCCACGGUUCUCACUACGACAUUUCUGGAAGAAUUAGGAAGGGUCCAGCUCCUUACAACCUAGAAGUUCCCCAGUACAAGUUCACCGAGGAGACGAAGCUUCUAAUCGGUUAAGAGAGCAAAAUGUGUUGGGUGUGACUCGGCUGAUCUUUGGCUACACUUGAAGCUGCUGAAUGAUAUAUUUCAAUCUUCGAAGUCCUAUUGUUAGCUAGGCAAUCGCAGUAGAGGUACAUCGUGUGCGUCAUACCAAGCAAGCUUUACAUUUGAGACACAUUUAUUGAAGGUUGACAGCGUGACUUGUAGUCAGGCGUUAGGUUUGGUAGCUUUACUGGAGUUGAAAUAACAAUUGUCCUCCGGCACAUAUUACAAAUUUGAAUUGACUCCUUUCAAUGCGUUUACAGCUUUCUGAGGAAUUCAGUUUUUAGAU